GUGGGACUUCCAUGGUGUGGGAGGGCGCUCCAUGAUGAUGAGCCUGCUAGCAGCCUUUGAGCAGAAUAGCUGUGUGGAGCUAGCGUGCUACCGAACUGUGCAGUUCAUUUUCGGGACCGCACGAUGAAGAACAUCAUGAAGUAUUAUAUACUUAUUCCGCCUCAGCGUUUUGACAACAUCAUUGGGAGCUAGGGGCGUCUUUUUUCCUACACGGCGGGUCCGUCCCGACCCCUCGGUGUCAUUGUUUGGAUGGAUUAACGUUAGAGCUAGCCCCUCUGUUUGAGACUUCCCGAGCGGGCACAAACGGGACACUCGGCUAGCCGCUGCUAAUGAUUCUGCUGGAACAUUAGCUUGGCAGCUAACCGGUUGGCUAACUGACAGAGUUGGUCGGCAUCGCUCAUCUGAUAAUUACCGGGCUCUGAAAAUAGCAGAUUUGUGACGACCAUGCCUCCAAGGCCCUCCUCAGGAGAACUAUGGGGGAUGCACUUGAUGCCCCCCAGCAUCUUAGUGGACUGCCUUCUGCCAAAUGGCAUGAUUCUCACGUUGGAGUGCCUCCGGGAAGCCACGCUGAUCACAGUCAAGCAUGAGCUAUUCAAAGAGGCCAGGAAGUACCCGCUUUACCAUCUGCUGCAGGAGGAGAGCUCCUACAUCUUUGUCAGUGUAACCCAGGAGGCCGAGCGGGAGGAGUUUUACGAUGAGACCAGGAGGCUGUGCGAUCUCAGGCUCUUCCAGGCCUUCCUCAAAGUCAUUGAGCCAGUGGGAAACAGGGAAGAGAAAAUUCUCAACAGAGAAAUAGGUUUUGCGAUUGGAAUGCCAAUAUGUGAGUUUGAUUUGGUGAAAGACUCAGAAGUGCAGGACUUCAGAAGGAACAUUUUAAAUGUUUGCAAAGAAGCCAUAGACCUCAGAGACUGUAACGGACCCCACAGCAGAGCGCUGUACGUGUACCCCCCCAAUGUAGAAUCCUCUGUGGAACUCCCCAGGCACAUCUAUAACAAGCUAGAUAAAGGUCAAAUCAUUGUCGUCAUAUGGGUGAUUGUGUCACCCAGCAAUGACAAGCAGAAGUACACCCUGAAGAUCAACCACGACUACGUGCCGGAGCAGGUGAUCGCUGAAGCCAUCCGGAAGAAGACGCGCAGCAUGCUGCUCUCCCAGGAGCAGCUGAAGAUGUGUGUGCAGGAGUAUCAGGGGAAGUACAUCCUCAAAGUGUGCGGCUGCGACGAGUACCUGCUGGAGAAAUACCCUCUGAGUCAGUACAAGUAUGUGCGCAGCUGCAUCAUGCUGGGACGGAUGCCCAACCUGAUGCUAAUGGCGAAAGACAGCUUGUAUUCCCAGCUGCCCAUAGACAACUUCACCAUGCCGUCAUAUGCCAGGCGGAUAUCCACAGCCACGCCCUACAUGAACGGGGAAACAGCCACCAAGUCUCUGUGGACCAUCAACGGAACGCUGAGGAUCAGAAUACUGUGCGCCACCUACGUCAACGUCAACAUCAGAGACAUUGACAAGAUCUACGUCAGGACCGGGAUAUACCACGGUGGAGAGCAGUUGUGUGACAACGUCAAUUCCCAGCGUGUUCCCUGCUCCAACCCCAGGUGGAACGAGUGGCUGAACUACGAAAUGUACAUUCCAGACAUCCCCUGCGCUGCCCGGCUCUGCCUCUCCAUCUGCUCUGUGAAAGGAAGGAAGGGAGCUAAAGAGGAGCACUGUCCUCUCGCCUGGGGCAACAUCAACCUGUUUGACUACACCCACACACUGGUAGCAGGGAAGAUGGCGCUCAACCUGUGGCCUGUCCCCCACGGCAUGGAGGACCUGCUCAACCCCAUCGGAGUCACAGGCUCCAACCCCAACAAGGAAACCCCAUGUCUGGAGCUGGAGUUUGACCACUUCAGCUGCCCUGUCAAAUAUCCUGAUAUGACCAUCAUCGAGGACCAUGCUAACUGGAACAUUUCCAGAGAGCUGGGCUUCAAUUACUGCCACACCGGUUUGAGUAACAGACUGGCCCGUGACAACCCCCUGACGGACACCGACAACGAGCAGCUACGCCAAGUGUGUAACAGAGACCCGCUGUCUGAGAUCACUGAGCAGGAGAAGGACUUCCUGUGGAGGCACAGACAAGACUGCGUCAACAUGCCGGAGAUCCUUCCCAAGAUCCUCCUGGCUGUGAAAUGGAACUCCAGAGAUGAGAUUGCACAGAUGUACUGCCUCCUGAAGGACUGGCCCACCAUCAAGCCGGAGCAGGCCAUGGAGCUGCUGGAUUGCAACUUCCCUGAUCCUAUGGUCCGAGACUUUGCCGUAAAGUGCCUUGACAAAUAUCUAACUGAUGACAAACUCUCGCAGUACCUCAUUCAACUUGUUCAGGUUCUAAAGUAUGAGCAGUAUCUUGACAACCCUCUUGCACGCUUCCUGCUGAAAAAGGCAUUAACCAAUCAGAGGAUAGGACAUUUCUUCUUCUGGCAUUUGAAGUCGGAGAUGCACAACAAGACGGUGAGUCAGCGCUUCGGCCUGCUGCUGGAGUCGUACUGCCGGGCCUGUGGCAUGUAUCUGAAGCACCUGAGCAGACAGGUGGAGGCCAUGGAGAAACUCAUCAAUCUCACUGACCUCCUCAAACAGGAGAAAAAAGACGAGGCGCAGAAGGUUCAAAUGAAGUUUCUGGUGGAGCAGAUGAGAAGGCCUGACUACAUGGACGCCCUGCAGAGCUUCACCUCCCCUCUGAAUCCUGCACAUCAGCUGGGAAACCUCCGCCUGGAGGAAUGCAGGAUGAUGUCAUCAGCCAAGCGGCCUCUGUGGCUCAACUGGGAAAACCCGGAUAUGAUGUCAGAGCUGCUCUUUCAGAACAACGAAAUCAUCUUCAAAAAUGGAGAUGAUCUGAGGCAGGACAUGCUGACGCUGCAGAUCAUUAGGAUAAUGGAGAACAUCUGGCAGAACCAAGGCCUUGAUCUCAGGAUGCUCCCGUACGGCUGCCUGUCAAUCGGAGACUGCGUGGGCUUGAUCGAGGUGGUGAGGAACUCUCACACCAUCAUGCAGAUCCAGUGCAAAGGAGGCCUGAAGGGGGCGCUGCAGUUCAACAGCCACACGCUGCAUCAGUGGCUCAAGGAUAAGAACAAGGGGGAGAUGUAUGACCAGGCCAUAGAUCUGUUCACGCGCUCGUGUGCGGGCUACUGUGUAGCCACAUUCAUCCUGGGCAUCGGGGACAGACACAACAGCAACAUUAUGGUCAAAGAUGAUGGACAGCUGUUCCACAUAGACUUCGGCCAUUUCCUCGACCACAAAAAGAAGAAGUUUGGCUACAAGAGGGAGCGCGUGCCCUUCGUGCUCACACAGGACUUCCUGAUCGUCAUUAGCAAAGGAACUCAAGAGUGCACCAAAACAAGGGAGUUUGAAAGGUUCCAGGAGAUGUGUUACAAGGCGUACCUGGCGAUCCGGCAGCACGCCAACCUCUUCAUCAACCUGUUCUCCAUGAUGCUGGGCUCCGGGAUGCCCGAGCUGCAGUCCUUCGACGACAUCGCCUACAUCAGGAAGACCCUGGCUCUGGACAAGACGGAGCAGGAGGCCCUGGACUACUUCAUGAAGCAAAUGAACGACGCUCACCACGGAGGCUGGACCACCAAGAUGGACUGGAUCUUCCACACCAUCCGCCAGCACGCCAUGAACUAGAGCAACGAGAGGACUGUGGCAACAUCCGCACACUAAGAACCAAAAGAACAGAAGAGCCAGGUGGUCUUCUGCCAGCGUGUGACUCAUGAAAUAAGGGUGCUCAGAAGGGACAGUUUCAGGGACACAAUGCCUAGACGCUAGGGUGGAGUUAUAUUUCAUCAGUCGUCUUCAUAGGAACUAAGCAAGUGUAAUGGACCUCGACAACGUUGGCCUUCUCCCUCGUGUGAACAAACUACGGGCAACAUUUGAUUUUGUAUUUGAUUUGUAUUCCCUUUCGGUACAUCUGCAACCAUCAGCAUUAAGGAAGGAGCAUCAUGAAGCGGUGUACCUUGAGCACAGCCAGCUUUUUCUAAGAUUUCCACUACCUAUUUUGGGGAUAUCACUCACACAGACUGAAAGGGGAAGAUAAGAAAAAAACUAUAAAACAAUCAUCAACACUACGACAGGACUGACGGAGGACGCGUUGUUAAGCUAGCAUUUAACGCUUCUGGUACUCAGAUACCAUGAUUAUUUUUACCCUACAGUUUAGAAUUUACGCUACAUAACAGACUUUUGUACAGCAGUAUAUCCUUAGACUUGUAUGCAUUCAGUGCACAUAUUCCUUUUUUUUCCUACUGAGCCAAAGUACUACAUGUGUAACCCCCCACUACUCGGCAGUCUUAUCGUGUGAAAAAAAAAAAUUCCAAGCCUCUCGUGUGUACUCAUAGCACUGAUCUCCGCAGUAUUUGUUUUUGUCUAUCAGUAUUAUUCUGUGUCAGCUGUCGGGGCGUGACUGUCCGUCAACACCCCCCCCCCCCAUGCAGACGGGGCGCGGACAGAGCCUGGGAAGGAUGGUCAACAUGUUGUGAGUUGUUGUGGAGCUGAGGAAAGGCGAGAGACGCAGAGGGAGAUGUGCUGCGCUGUUACACUAUGCAAGUUGUGAUAUAUGUACUGCAGAAAGGAGAAGAAGAUAAGUUGAAAUGCUUUUACCCCGACAUGCACACACAGACAAGUGGACUUUGCACAUGGAAGAGGAAAAAAAUGCUGCACUGUAACAGAAUCGGCUGCUUCUUCCCGAGAAAAAAGAACUGAAAAACCGCCUUCGGACCCCGCCUUCUCCGCUUCUCCUCACCGGGUUUUUAUUCUGAUCUACAAUUUUAAAGCCAUCUGUAAAAAGGUUAGAGUUUUCUCCUGUCCUACUUGUCCUCGAUCGCACACAAAUAAUUCACAACUGAUCAUUUAAAGGAGAACUUCACCCCCAAAAUGUGUUGAUCAUUAACUCACCAUGUGUUACCUUGGAUUCUGGGAAAUGUAGUUUUUCACGCAUGCCUCCGCAGGUCUUAAAGAACUAUUUUAAAAUAUCCUUUCCUAAACUCUCACCCUCUUGCACUUAAACCCAAGUCUAAUAUAUCUAGUUCUUAUGCUCAUUUCUUCCGCAUUUUCAUUAAAACCUUACAUUUUGAUACCAAGGUUCUUCAGGUCCUUAAGAAAAUUGGGAAUUUGAAGAUAACAAAGCAAGGCCUUGGACGUUUUUGAAAAUAUACAUAAGGAAAUUCAAGUUCUAUUGUUAUAUGUGAGCUUCCGUAGAAUUUGCUAGAUCUCAUUGUUUACAUUCUACGAUUGUGUCUCAAUCGAUGUGUCGGGUCCUGGAAUUUGAGGGAAUAUGGCCUUGAAAGUCCUUGAAUGUUAAGGGGUAAGUAGGUGAGAGAUAUACACUUCCGGAUAAACAGUGUCAGGCAACUAAUGCGUUUGAGUACAAAGUGUUGAAUAGUUUUACAAAAAAAGACUUGUGUUUGGGAAGUAGUGAGCAGAUGUCUUGAUAUAGUAAGAUUGACCCUAUUUACUUCUAUUCAUCAGGCUUUUUUUUAUUCUUCGUUGACCGUCGAGGCAUGUGAGAAACACUUUUAUUCAAGGUGACACGUUAAGUAACUGAUAUAGAAAUGAUCGUUUUGAUGGUAAAGUAUUCCUUUAAGACAGCCUGUUUCCUCACACUUGCCACAUCGUGACAUCCAGGUAGAGAAAGUAACCGGAGUGAAUUCUUUUUGAACCAAGUGUCUUCUUCCCUCCACUCUCCUAUGAUUGUCGCGCUUAUGUAUGGACGGUUGCAGGUUUUGCAUACGUAAGAGGUCAGUUCAUGUUCCAGCUUUACCAAAUGAUACCCAAUGGGCGGUUUCCUGGACACGAGUCCAUUUUUCUCUGUACGUGCGAACAGACUGAAACUGCUCAGAAAGCCGCCCCUGCUGAGAUGCUCCUGUACCGGCUACAGAGCAGUGGGCCGGACCCAGACAAAAAAAACAAGACCCCAUAUACUUUAUGGAAGAACUCUCUGAAAAAUGCUAUUUCCCUUUGUACCGUUCUGUUUCUCACACUGCAUUAUGCAUGAGGUCCUCGAAUAUCUACUUUUAUUUGUUGUUUUUUUUCUGUUGGUUGACCUGAUGUUGUUUACUUGAAUUUCAUGUAUAGAAAUGACCUUGUUACUUGUGUGAGGUACAACAAAGUCACAAUGAAGAUAACCGAAAAAAUGCUACAUCAUGUGCUUUCCUUGAAUAACUACAGAGGUAAUAUAUUUUUGUAUUUUUAAAAUGUACGCAAACUCGUAACUGCUAACCAAAAGAAAAAGGAAAAAAAAGAGGAGGCGGAGGAAUCAUGAAUUAAUGUGCAACGUCCUCAUCCAGAAGCUAGUAUAAUGAAUGAGAGGAGAGUUGUCGAAUGAAGGACGUCGGAGUACGCUCCUCACAUCAAGUGGAGGUCUGUAAGCACAAUACAGAGGAAGACCCUACCCUGCAUGUUUAAAAAAAAAGAUCCAAUCAUGUGUUAGUUAUAUAUCCAUCUGUAUAUAUAUAUCAUUAAACCUUUUCAAAUAUUCGUUUUACUCAUCCGCAUAUGUCUGAUAAGAAACUGUAUGCAUUCAUUUAUUG